AUGAACUCUUUCGGCAGCAACAACGAAAUCACCAAUUCUGCAUGGAACUUCGACGGACUUCCAGACGACGUGCAGUCGAUCGCAUCGACGAACGAGUCCUUCGCCCCCAACCAUCCUGGAGGCCCGUCGCGCAGCAGGAACGUAGCUCCAAGCCUGGCGCUUGGCAAUUCUCGCAGCAUUGUUUCCUCUGACAGUCCUGGAAGCGGUCGUGAUGCAUCGAGCGCAUCGAGCCCCCAUCUGUUGAGUACUGUCAGCUCGAAUCCUGGCAACAGUUACCCCGACAUGCCCUCAUCCGCACAAUUGAACGCCAGGUCCAGAUCUCAUGCUGGGGCACUUGGGCUAUCGAUACGGGACUCCAAUAGGGCGAACUCAGUCUCGCCCUUCCGCCAGGAUCAUAUCCGAGAUUUUGGUACUACCCAGGCGCCACUCUGGAUGCACGAAAAUGACGCCGACGACGAUGAUUCCGACAUAACCGAGAUUGAUCAUGCACCGAGGUACUACGAUGCUUACUCUCGUGGCGGCCAAAUUGACCAUACUCCUUCAGUGGCUCAAGCUCCCCUUAGCAAUGCUGGAAGCCGCAACAACAGUAACACGCAUUCUGAACCUCCCCGCAACCGCGUUGCUAAUCCUGCAGGCAUUGACGCUGUAAGCAACGAUGAAGGUAAUAGUGGUAUCAAUCAGAGAAACGAAGGUCAGUCGGCCGCUUUCUGGCCAGAUCUGCGACCUCUCCUGACUGAUGAAGCCGCCAUCCGGGACCUUCACCUUCAGUGUCCCAUCUGCUACGAUGCAUCGGAUGACAUGCGUGUUUUGAGUUGCGGACACAUACUUUGCAAAGAUUGCUUGUACCGCGUCCUCAAAAAUCGAGACGGCGCACGUGGCAGCCCACGAGGCCGCAGUCGUGAAUGUCCCUUCUGCAGGAUUCAACUCGGCAAGAAGCGAGGCUGUCAUCCCAACUGUCCGCAGGACAAGUCAUGGACCGUCGGCCUCCGCGUGCCUGCAUCGAUGGUUGAACUGUCUCAUUUCCCCCUGACAAUUGCAGAAGGUGGCGGCAAGCCGCUGUCUUGCACUGACUGCCGCGAGGGCCGCGUAAUGAACGCUUUCAAGCGUCUUUGCCAGGAGUUGCUCAACGACAAGCAUGCGCGAGUGGCCAUCUCUGAUGGAAGCCAGGCUGCCAAUGUCGUCCCAGAUACGCACACAGCAGUGCCUGAAAUGCAGACGAUGUCUGAUGCUGUCAUGAACGUGCUUUACAGCCCUGAAUUCUGCACCAAGUACGCUGGAGUACAGGCCCCUGUGAUGCGCAAACGUGCCGCAGCAGAGUUCACCAAACGCCGCUAA